CAGAAAUGCAAAAAAGAAGCUUCUCAAGUGUCGCCAAUCUCAACUCAAAGUGGCUUUGCACUUUGCAUGAGCUGUGUUUGCCCAGUCAACACUUUGAACUGACUAUAAACUCGUGAAAUGCCAGGGAAGAGAAGCAGUGCAAGUUCAUAAAUCACACAGAAUCCUCUUUGUUUCCUAUUCAAAUACCCGUAAAGAUACGUCUGUCAUUCCUGGCUUCCAGAUUAUGUCUGUCUGAGUUUGUCGAAGGCGAUCUCUGAGAAUCCUUUUUUUCCAGCUUUGAAUUCACUUCAGUUACUCUUCACAGAAAUGGUUUUGCCAAUUGUUUUCUUGGCUUUCUUCCUAUGCAAUUGUCUUUCUUUUGUGGCUUCACUAAAUGAUGAAGGAUUUGCUCUUCUCUCCUUCAAACAAGCAGUACAGAACUUCCCUGAAGGCUAUUUAAACAGCUGGAAGAACUCGGAUGAUAGUCCGUGUGGAUCAUAUAAUUGGAAGGGAGUUACAUGUAGAGAAGGAAAAGUCGUUGCUCUGAGCAUUUCAAACCAGAAUCUUUCAGGGCUUCUUCCACCUGGUCUGGGAAAGCUCUAUUCUCUUCACCGUCUUAAUCUCAGGAAUAACAACUUCCAUGGAAGUUUACCGUUUGAGCUCUUCAAUGCAUCAAGUUUACAAAGCUUGGUUCUUUCAGGAAAUUCAUUUUCUGGGCCUGUUCCGACUCAGAUAGGGACUCUCACCAACCUACAAGUUUUAGAUCUUUCACAAAAUGCAUUUAGUGGCUCAAUACCUUCAUCUCUAGUUCAGUGCAAGAGAUUAAAAGCUUUAGUCCUUAAUAACAACAGUUUGAAUGGCUCUCUAUCAGAUGGUUUUGGAACCAAUUUAACUACACUUCAAAAGCUCAACCUUUCCUUCAACAACUUGAGUGGUUUGAUCCCCAACGACAUAGGCCAAUUUUCAAGCUUGAACGGUACUCUUGAUUUGUCUCACAAUCACUUCAGUGGUUCUGUUCCAGCAACUCUAGGAUACCUUGGAGAGAAAGUGUUCGUAGAUCUCAGCUAUAACAAUCUUAGCGGCCCCAUACCCCAAGAUUCUGCUGUAUUGAGUUUAGGACCGAGCGCUUUCAUAGGCAACCCAUUGCUUUGCGGACCACCAUUGAAAGUUUUAUGUCCUCCAGGCGCUUUAGAUCCAUAUUCUAAACCCAACCCUUCUGACCCUUCUAGUAAACCAAAGGAAGUCCAUCAUUCAAGUUCGUGUGCAGUGAUUGCGGCUGUUUCCAUAGCCACAAUUGUAGGUAUCUGCACCAUUGGGUUGUUGCUCUAUCACAAGUACAAAAAUGCUUGUGCGUGCAAGUGGGGAGAUGGUGUUGGCAGCAGCCCCUUCGAAGAAAAGUUGACGCUUAGACAGAAGAUUUCCUGCUUUAUCAAAAAUGACUUGGAAACUUUAUCAGAAGUUAUGGAGCAGUACGAAUUCGUGCCAUUAGACUCGCAGGUUGAUUUUGAUCUUGAGCGACUUCUGAUAGCAUCAGCUUUUCUUCUCGGUAAGAGCAGAAUCGGCAUUGUGUAUAAAGUUGUUAUGAACAAUGGGCCAACCGUGGCGGUGAGAAGAUUGGGGCAUGGAGGUUGGCAAAGGUUCAAGGAGUUCCAAACUGAAGUAGAAGCAAUUGGAAAGAUUAGGCAUCCAAAUAUUGUCAGUCUCCGCGCUUAUUUCUGGUCUUUUGAGGAGAAGCUUCUCAUCUACGAUUACAUACCCAAUGGUGAUCUUGCCACCACACUUCAUGGGAAUGCUGGAAUGUUACCUUACAGACCUCUCUCUUGGCCUGUUCGUCUGAGAAUCAUAAAAGGAAUAGCAAGAGGCUUGGCUUUUCUACAUGAAUUCAGUCCCAGAAAGUAUGUCCAUGGAGAUUUGAGGCCUAGCAAUAUUCUGCUAGGACAGAACAUGGAGCCUCUUAUCUCUGAUUUUGGACUUUGCCGCCUAGCUAAUAUAGCUGAAGAAUCACAAGCAGCCCAAUGCGAACAAACGACCACUGGAACACCAAAAAGAAGUUCAACACCAGAACAGAGUUCUCCAUUCGAGUUUACAGCAAUAAACGCUACCUUAAGCAGGUCUUAUUAUCAAGCUCCGGAGGUCUCAAAAGUCAGAAAGCCAACACAGAAGUGGGAUGUGUACUCAUAUGGAGUAAUCCUACUAGAGAUGAUAUCUGGGAAGCCGCCAAUGAUUCAGAUAGGUUCCUUGGAAAUGAAUCUAGUUCAAUGGAUUCAUCUCAUGCUCGAGGAUGGGAAGUUGAUGAUAGAUAUCUUGGACCCCCUCUUAGCUCGUGAACUCAACAAGGAAGAUGAGAUAGCUGCUGUGCUGAAAAUCGCUCUUGCCUGUGUCUGUAAGAGCCCUGAUAAGAGACCUUCAAUGAGGCAUGUCUUCGAUAGUUUGGACAGACUGACGUCAUGCAUUAAUCAACAGGACAUGCUUGAUGAAGUAGCAAAAUUCACUCAAUAAAAGAAAUGCAAGAUGAAUGCCAUAAUCAAUAAAGGGGAGUAAAGAUUUUCGAGUUAGUAUCACUGUACAUAGUUGUAGAAGUUCCUAAGAUGUUCCUUCCCUAUAUUUUAUUGGAUUCUUCUUUCCAAUUUCUCUUAAAUUAGAUGUUUUCUAGGAACAUUAGCUUUCACUUCUGAUUCUAAUGAUUGGCUAUUUAAUGGCCACCAAUAAAUGCAUACAAGACAGUAAUAAGUAAUCAAAAGAAUUCUGUACUUUUC